AAUGUUAUGUGCACCUGUGACAGAUGUGAGCCCUCCCAAGUCACCUACCCCUGAUAUGGACCAGCUUACAGUUUCCAACAGCAGCAGCAGUAGUAGCAGCGUGGCAUUGUUGCCUGAUGAACUUGAUACAGACUACAAUCCUUUUGCAAAAGAUUGGGCACAAAACUUUGGUAGUUUCUACCCUAAAAGAGAUUUGGAAGCUGAUGUGGAAUCACUUGAUACCCUGAGUGAUGAUGAAUUGAGUCAAAGCGACAGCGACUUCUAUAUCGUACCAUUACCAGACUGUUUCGAUCCCAUGAAACCCUUGCAGCCAAGAACAUCUGAAGGUGCUGGUUCAAGUGAACCUCACUUGGACACAGAGCUUGGACCAGUGGACAAUAACCAUAACACCAUAGUUAGCAAUAACAACACUGAACAUUCACCUGCAUCUGCAGCAUCUGUGGAUGAACUGAUGACCUGUGCUGAUGUUAACUUUCCUCCGCCUCUCUUGCACCCAACACUGGCAAACACAGACUGCAAUAAAGAAGUGGAAGCUGCAGCAGGAGGCAAAGCGGCUGCCUCCUCUCCGAGUGGUGACAAUAUCAUGCAGCCAUUGCUUGCUCAUUCAGGCAUUUCGGCUGCAGGUGCUGCUGCAGCUGGGGACUGCGUUGAGCCCACUUCUAACAGGAGAGCCCACCACCACCACCACCACCAGCAGCAGCACCACCACCACCACCACCAACAGCAGCUUCAGCAGCAGCGGGAACAUCACCAGCAACAACAGCAGCAGCAACGGGAUCAGCAGCAGCAGCAACAGCAGCAGCAGAUGCGGGAGUACCAACAGCAACAGCAGCAGCAGCCACAACAAUCUGCCGGUGCACCUGCCGAAUUGGGCCACUGUGCCAUGCCGGAACAGCCUGCAACAGGCCCAUGUGACAUUAAUGCAGCAAUUGCUGCUGACAGAGAAGAUCCUUUACACAGGGAUACAUUAGCUUCAAGCCCAAUUUUUCUUCCCAACCCACUAACCACAAUGGCAGUACACGUUGCAUCGAAAGUAGUACAUGCAUAUUCUACUGCUAAAGAUGCAUUUUAUUCUCUCCAAGCAAAGCCUGUUGAUGGUGUAAUUCAACAAGGACACUCUAAUAUGGCAAACAAUUCUGCCUGGUCUCCGUCUAUUGGUUGUGAGAAGCAUGCUACUAAUGUGAACAGCAACAGAAAUGGUACUGGUGUUGAUGAGUCAACCUGUGUUACUUGUCUAAUUGGCAACUGUUCAAAACACUCUGACCAAACAGAUUCAAGUAAAACCCCAGAAGCUACUGAAAACAAUGGACAGAAGCAAUGGCCAAAACCUCACUUUCAGCGUGAACUUCAGUCACCUAUGAUCAAACUGAUUGAGAUGGGAUUUGCUAAUCGAGAUCUAAACCAGACCUUGUUGGAUAAACACAACAAUGAUGUGCAGAAAGUAGUGCAAGAGAUUCUCAAUACUGAAGAUUUAAAUAAUUGGUCGACCAAGCGUCAUUGAUAGCCUCUUAUCUUUUAUUGUCUUCUAUUUGCUGUUUUAUAUAUAUAUAUAUAUAUUUUUUUUUUAAUGAAACUUGUCUUAACUUAUAUAUUCUUAUAUGUAUGUGUGUGUGUGUGUGUAUAUGUUCAUGUAUAUAUAUAUAUAUAUGCGAAUGUAUGUGUGUAUAUGUAUAUACAUGUGUAUAUAUAUGUGAAUGUGUGUCUGUGUGUAUAUGUAUAUACAUGUGUAUAUAUAUGUGAAUGUGUGUCUGUGUGUAUAUGUAUAUACAUGUAUAUAUAUAUAUAAUGUGAAUUUUUGUGUGUUUAUAUGUAUAUACAUGUGAAUUUUUGUGUGUAUAUAUAUAUGUAUAUGCAUAUUAUGUGAAUGUAUGUAUUAUGUAUAUAUGUGUGUAU